AUGAAGCACCUCGCGGCUUACCUUCUUCUCGGCCUCGGUGGCAAUACAUCCCCUUCAGCAGACGAUGUCAAGGGAGUCCUUUCCUCGGUCGGAAUUGAAUCCGACGAUGAGCGCUUGGAAAAGUUGAUUUCUGAGCUCAAAGGCAAAGAUUUGCAAGAGUUGAUCUCAGAAGGUACUAGCAAAUUGGCAUCAGUCCCAUCAGGGGGUGGGGGAGGUGGUGGUGGAGCCGCAGCGCCCGCUGCUGGUGGUGAUGCACCAGCCGAGGAAGAGAAGAAACCAGAGGAAGAAGAAAAUGAGGAAUCAGAUGAGGAUAUGGGCUUGGGUCUUUUCGAUUAG